GGAGCUCUCGUACAAGAUUAAAGAGUUACCGAGGGUCCGGUGGGUUCUCCCUGAUUCGUACCUUGAUGUGAAAAACAAAGACUAUGGAGGGGAACCUUUUAUUGAUGGGAAAGCUGUUCCAUAUGAUCCAAAGUACCAUGAGGAAUGGAUAAGAAAUAAUAGUCGAGCAAUGGAGAGAAACAGACGUAAUGACAGGCCCCGUAAUUUUGAUCGAUCAAGGAACUUUGAAAGAAGAAGGGAGAAUAUGCGAGCACAUCAAGAGAUGCCCCCUAUGGCUAACCAGGGUAUGCAGAACUCAGGACCCACAGCUCCUCCCAACAUGGGUGGUAUGCCUCCAAACAGCAAUAUGGGUGGUAUGCCUCCAAACAGCAAUAUGGGUGGUAUGCCUCCAAACAGCAAUAUGGGUGGUAUGCCUCCAAACAGCCAUAUGGGUGGUAUGCCUCCAAACAGCAAUUUGGGUGGUAUGCCUCCUAACAGCAAUAUGGGUGGUAUGGCUCCUAACAGCAUGGGUGGGAUGCCCACGAACAACAAUAUAGGUGGUAUGGCUCCGAACAACAUGGGUGGGAUGCCCCCGAACAACAAUAUGGGUGGUAUGCCUCCGAACAACAUGGGUGGGAUGCCCCCGAACAACAAUAUGGGUGGUAUGCCUCCGAACAACAUGGGUGGGAUGCCCCCGAACAACAAUAUGGGUGGCAUGCCUCCCAAUAACAUGGGUGGGAUGCCCCCAAACAACAUGGGUCGAAUGCCUCCCAACAUGGGUGGGAUGCCCCCAAACAACAUGGGUGGGAUGCCCCCAAACAACAUGGGUGGAACUCCCCCCAACAUGGGGCAACCAUUUAAUAUGGGAGGGAUGCCACCAAACAACAUGGGAGGAAUGCCUCGAGGACCAAAUGUUGGAUGGUCUGGAAAUAUGAACCCGAACCCAAACCCAAACCCAAACCCGAACCCAAACCCAAACCCGAACUUUCAGGCUGGUUAUCAAAAUCAAGGUGCAACACAGAACGCUCAAAACCCGAACAACUACAACUAUGAUCCAAACAGAGAUGGGGGAAAUUCUUAUUAGGUGUGAUUCUGGCAAAGGGAAUCAGCAGAGGCUAGUAGGCAUGUUGUAGAUAAGUAAAGAUAAUAUUUGUCUUGUUCCUAGUGCUAAUGUUGAAUGCUUUUUAACUUGUUAUUUUUUUUGAUACGUCCUUUGGCACUCUUGGUAAGAAUGCAGAAAAGUACUUUGGAUGUUAUGUAGUGAAUUGGUUUCUUUGUGCUGUGCAUGCACUCUUGUUAUUCUAAUGACUGAAUUCUGCAGGUCCUAUACUUAGAAAUUUUCAUUGAAAA